AUGCCUUCCCGAAAAAAAAACAAUCUUUCGCGAAAGUCUCGCACCGCAUUGAGAUUACAAGAGGCACGGUCUCAGGAGUCUGAGGAAGACCACGGUGAGAGACUCAGUGCCGCUCUAGCCAGGCAGGCCGCUUCGCUUUCGGCUGAAACGGCAAGCCAGCGCGAGUCCCGGUUGCGAUCCCAAAGACGUCGUACGCAAUCUUUGAGAUCGCUCGAAACUAGCUACGAUCGUGAUUUUAGACGUAGCCGCGACCUUGAUCGACAUUCUUUAUCCCGUGCGUCGGAGACGUUCACGCAGUGCGAAGAUCGGUUGACCGCUCAGCGGAUUCGCACGACAGACGCGCGCUCGACGGAAAACGAGGAGGAGUGUGAUCUCCGCCUGUCCGCCGACCGGGAGCGCCACGCUCUAUCUCUUAGGUCUGAGACUUUCACGCAACGCAAUGAACGCUUGACGACACAGCGAAAGCGCACAUUUGGGGCGCGGUCUCAGGAAAACGAGGAGGAGCGUGAUCUCCGGCUGUCCGCCGACCGGGAGCGCCACGCUCUAUCUCUUCGGUCUGAGACUUUCACGCAACGCAAUGAACGCUUGGCGUCACAGCGAACACGCACGUCUACGGCGCGGUCUCAGGAAAACGAGGAGGAGCGUGAUCUCCGGCUGUCCGCCGACCGGGAGCGCCACGCUCUAUCUCUUAGGUCUGAGACUUUCACGCAACGCAAUGAACGCUUAGCGUCACAACGAACGCGCACAUCUGCGGCGCGGUCUCAGGAACUUGACGAAGAACGCGAGUGGCGGUUAGCUACAGACCGUGAACGCCACAGUCUUUCUCGCGAAGCUGAAACCGACGCAGAAUGGGCACUUCGGGUACAGUCAGUUCUGGAAAGAUACAACGAAGCACGUUUAGACGCGAUGGCUCACAGUUCACAAGAGCGUGAACGUAUUGGCGAUUUACGGUCGUCGCAAUCUGCCGAGCAGCGGGACGCACAGCUGGAGGCAGACCGCGUGCGCCACGCUGUUUACAGACUGUCAGCGAUGUCCGACGAUUCUGUAGUAUACGAGCCUGAAGAAGUUCCUUGGGAUCCGAAGGAGGGUUCUGGGUUGACGUACAAUCCACUUAUUAAAUACGCAGAUGACACAAACAUCGGUCGGAUGACGGAAAUAUGCGAAUUUUGCAACGCUUUAAAAUGGAAUGGUGAGGCCAAUGGAAUGUGUUGUUCUGCCGGCAAAAUUAGAUUAGAUCCGAUUUUGGAACCACCGGAGCCAUUAAAAUCGCUAUUAACCGGGGAACACCCGUUGUCAAAACAUUUUUUAGAUUCCAUCCGAGCCUAUAACAGCGCAUUCCAAAUGACGUCAUUCGGUGCGAAACAAGCCCCAGAACCCGGGUACAUGCCUACUUUUAAAAUUCAGGGACAGGUGUACCACCGCAUUGGCGCAUUGCUACCCACAGAAGAUGUUCCAAAAUUCCUGCAAAUAUACUUCGUGGCGGAUUACUUGGAGCAGGCCAAUAUUCGUGGACAACAUAUUCCAAACUUAAAUCCGGAAAUAAUCACUGGACUACAAAAUAUGUUGCACGACGUAAAUGGCUACGUAAAUAGUUUCAAAGCCGCAUUAGAAUCGGUGCGUGACGACCGCGAGAACUACAAGUUCGUCAUCAGCGCCGACCGUCGCCCCGCCGCGGGCCACGCGGGCCGCUACAACGCCCCGGCUACGAACGAAGUCGCCAUCGUCUUGGUGGACCAAGAGUGUGACCGCAGGGACGUCGUGCUUCGCACGCGUGACGACCGCCUCCAGAGAAUCAGCGAGACGCACCGCGCGUACGACUCUCUCCAGUACCCGCUGAUGUUCUGCCGAGGAGAAGACGGAUACAAUUUUUCCAUUCAUCACGUUGAUCCUCAAACUGGAGCACCUAACUAUACCAAAAAAACAUCAGCUUUGCAGUUUUAUAGUUACCGAUUGCAGCUGCGGCAGGAUGAAUGGCCCUACUUGCACCGUUUCAAAGGGUUAUUUAGCCAAUUUAUAGUCGAUCUCUAUGCCAAGAUAGAAACAGAAAGGUUGAUAUACAUCCGCACGCAUCAAAGACGACUACGAGCAGAAAACUAUGUGAAUUUGCGUGAUGCCUUGCAGCGCGACACGGAUGCAGAAAAUCUGGGCCGCAUGGUCAUACUUCCCUCAUCGUUCGUCGGCAGCGAUCGAUACAUGGCCGAGCGCACGCAGGACGCGUUAUGUUAUGCGCGGAGAUACGGUGGCGCCGACCUGUUCAUAACGUUUACCUGCAAUCCGAAGUGGCCUGAGAUCACGAACGAGCUCCUCGCCGGUCAGCUACCAACCGACAGGUACGACAUCGUGUCGCGAGUCUUUCACCUCAAGCAAAAGCGCCUAAUUGACCUACUUACAAAAGAUAAAGUGUUUGGUAGUGUGCGCUGCUUCAUGUUCUCCAUCGAGUGGCAGAAACGCGGUUUACCACACUCGCACACCCUGCUGUGGCUAGAGGAAAAAAUUAGGCCAAACGACAUUGAUUUGGCGAUCAGCGCCGAGCUGCCAGAUCCCGAAGUUGAUCCUCGCCUUUACAACAUAAUCAAGACCCAUAUGAUUCACGGACCUUGCGGCACCAUAAACCCGAACUCGCCGUGCAUGAAGAACGGCCGCUGCACAAAACGGUUCCCUAAGAGUUUAGUCGCAGAAACCGUUACUGGUGAAAACGGCUACCCAUCGUAUCGGCGCCGAUCUGCUGAAGAUGGCGGGUUCACGGCCGAGGUAAGAACUCGCGGUCAGACUGUACAGGUAGACAACAGAUGGAUAGUCCCGUACUCACCAGUACUUUCUCGAGCUUUUGAAACCCACCUGAACAUCGAGUCAUGUGUGAGCAUCGCCUCUAUAAAAUACGUGUGCAAAUAUAUCAACAAGGGGGACAGUCGGGCGACUCUUGCGUUGCAAAACAGAGAUCGAGACGAGGUAUCGGUCUACCAGUCCGGUCGCUAUAUUUGCACAUCUGAGGCGGUUUGGCGGACCCUGGCGUUUCCGAUACACGAAAGAUUCCCUACCGUUGUCCAGCUAGAUGUUCAUCUAGAGAACGGGCAGAGAAUUUAUUUCGACGCGGAUAAUGUUAGGGAACGUCUUAGCCAACCUCGACAGACUACGCUUUUAGCGUUCUUCAGGCUUUGCCAAGAUGAUGACUUCGCAAAGACUCUGUUGUAUGACGAAGUGCCAUCGUAUUUUACGUACAGCAAACAAGCCGGAGUCUUUAAUAGACGCCGCCGUGGCCAACGGGUGGAAGGGGCGCUGGGAAUCUUUAAAGGCCACGCCCUAGGUAGGGUGUACACGAUACACCCAAGUAACAGAGAAUGUUACUAUUUGAGGUUACUGCUGCACACAGUUCGUGGACCAACCUCCUUCGCGGCCCUCAGAACGGUCGAUGGCGUGGAACACCCUACAUUUCAUGCCGCCUGUAGCGCCCUGCAUCUCUUAGACGACGACCAAAAUUGGGAUCAUACUCUAGCAGAGGCCGUCGUUAGUGAUAACCCCAGUCGACUACGCCACUUAUUUGCGAUCAUGUUGGUAUUCUGUGGGAUGUCCAAUCCUUUGCAACUAUGGCAGAAAUAUCAAAAUAAUUUUACCGAAGAUAUUCUGCAUCGUAUGAGGAGUAACGAGCAAGAAGUUGACCAGGCUGACGAAAGGGUGUUAAAUAGUUGCCUCACUUUACUUCAGGAAGUUGUCACUACGAUUGGUGGUAAUUCUCUGGAUAGUUAUGGUUUGCCCCAACCGACACGACCGAACCAGCUCCAUAUAAAUAAAGAAUAUGAGGAAGCAACCCAUUACGACCGAGAAGAAAUGGCAGCUAUCGUCAGUACCAACAUCCCCAGGCUGAAUAUAGAGCAACGGUACAUAUUCGACAGAGUCGUCCGAAGUAUUGAACAGCAAUCGGGCGAAAUAUUUUUCUUGGACGCGCCAGGAGGCACCGGAAAGACGUUCCUUACUGGUAUUCUACUGGCAGAAGCGAGGAAACAAGGAAAAAUCGCGCUAGCUGUGGCGUCUUCGGGAAUCGCUGCUACGUUGCUGCCUGGUGGCAAAACGGCUCACACAACUUUCAAGAUCCCAAUAGAUUUGGACAGCACGGAAACUCCUGUCUGCGGGGUGUCAAGAAACUGUGAUAAAGCCAGAGUUCUACAGGAAUGCAGUUUGAUCAUCUGGGACGAGUGUACUAUGGCGCAUAAAAAGGCCGUAGAAGCCGUAGAUCGGAUGCUCCAAGACGUCAGAAGGAUGGCGCGCGCAAUGGGUGGCGUUACAAUGUUGUUUUGCGGUGACUUUCGCCAGACUUUGCCGGUCGUGACGCGUGGUACUCGAGCCGACGAGGUAAAUGCCUGCCUGAAGAGGUCGGUGUUUUGGCCAAGCGUGCAGAAGCUGCGCCUGACUGAGAAUAUGCGAGUCCAACAAGGAGGAGGCUCACAUGUCCAAGAAUUCGCCCGGGUACUGCUUCAGGUUGGAGAAGGACUCCUGGAGGAAACCAACGGCCUGGUUCGAUUACCAGAGACGUUAUGCAGGAUCGUUCCGACCGUUGAAGACCUCAUUCGGAGCGUAUACGGAGACCUGAGCCAGGUGACGCAGCGUGAGAACUCUUGGGUUUGUGAGAGAGCCAUACUCACGCCAAAAAAUGAACAGGCAGCAGCAGUUAAUGCGCGAAUAUUGGCGGAAAUCGAAGGAGAACAGGCAGUAUAUAACUCAAUUAAUACUGUCUUAGAUGAAGGGAACGUCACGACAUACCCGGUUGAGUUCCUAAAUUCAUUGAGUGCUUCAGGACUCCCGGCACACAAAUUAACACUGAAAGUUGGGGUCCCAAUUAUUCUUCUCAGAAAUUUGUCGCCUCCGAAGUUAUGCAACGGAACCCGGUUAAAGGUAGUGCAACUACAGCGAAACAUCAUUGAGGCGCAGAUCCUGACGGGGUGCGGCGCCGGAGAAGCCGUAUUCAUCCCGCGCAUCCCCCUCAUUCCGAACAACUUCCCGUUCCGCUUCAAGCGUCUACAGUUCCCCGUGAGCGUCUGCUUCGCCAUGACGAUCAACAAGUCGCAAGGGCAGACGCUGCGCGCCGCCGGCGUGGACCUGCGCACGGAUUGCUUCUCGCACGGGCAGCUCUACGUGGCGUGCUCGCGCGUCACCAGCUGCACGGAGCUGUUCGUGCUGAUGCCCGCCGGGGAGACUCGCAAUGUGGUUUACAAGGAAAUAUUGUAA